CUGCAAUAUCAUUUGUGAAUCCCUCUCAUAGUGCUGCAGAUAGGGACUGCCAACACAUGCGGCGCGUCUGCAGGUGAGGGAACAGGCUGAAUAUGCUGGACACACUGAGGAAUUCAACCAACGUUUCCUAAAAACUGCGUCGGAUAUACGCUUCAAAUCUUUUUCGUUUGAAUUUUCUCUUUAACACAACCUUAAAUUUUCAGUAGGUUGUGCAUUGUGGAGUUGGCUCGCAAAAGGAGAGAGAACUACAAUGUCUGUUGGCUGCAAGUGACUUGGAGGAAGAGAGCAGAGUAGCCGGACAGGUAAUUUGCUUCAUAUUCACAUCCUUAAGAUCUGAGACAGGCUCCGCGCAUUCAACACUCGCCGUGUGAUGAGUUUGGAAACUGCGCGGGUAUUUAAAUGAUCCUCUGACAUAUGUGGACAUAUAAUCGGACAGAGGAAUAUUGCAGCCUCACCCAAAAAAGGAGCUUCUAACCACAAACUGAGUGAGUUAAACGGCGGGAUAUGGACUGAAUCUACUUUCUGGUGAUAUGAUGCUCGGACAAUAACAAUUUUGGCUUUUACGCGCAUGAAAUUCAAAUAUUUGUGGCACCGCCCGGAGCACCCGGAGCCUCUCUUCUGUGUUUUUGAUAUAAUUGCGUUUUUUGUUUUUACUAAAACAAGAAAAGAGCAACUAACAUACAGUGCCAGAGGAAGAACAGCAGAAAAGAGACGAAAGCCCGUGCACUCGCUGCUUUUCACUGCAGCAGGAGCGAUGUAGGAAGUCGUCCGGAGAUGAAGUCUCACGCAUCCCGCAACAGAGGGCAUUGCUCUUAAUGAAAACGUUAUUUCUUCGGACUUUCAGGUAGUGAUUAAAUUAUUUUUUGGACAUUUUUUAAAAAAAAAUCUAAGUGGACAUUUUUCAGGGGAGAACAAUGAGGACUACUGGUGCAGUGGACUAUUUGUACUAUUGCAUGCUCAUCCUGCAGCUUCUGCAUCAGCCUGCUGCCAAGCAAGUGCUCCGGUACCGUUUGGCUGAGGAGGGACCCGCCGAUGUCAGAGUAGGGAACGUAGCCGGAGACCUGGGCAUUGUUGCCGGGUCCGGCGAGGUGACAUUCACGCUAGAAUCAGGCUCUGAUUUUUUUAAAAUAGACAACAUAACAGGUGAGCUCACCACCAAUGAGAGGCGCAUAGACCGUGAAAAAUUACAGCAGUGCCAAAUGAUAUUUGAUGAAAAUGAGUGUUUUAUAGAUUUUGAAGUGUCAGUGAUUGGACCAGCCCAGAGCUGGGUCGACCUCUUUGAGGGAAAAGUCAUCAUAUUAGAUAUAAAUGAUAACACACCGUCUUUCCCUUCCCCUGUCCUGACACUGUCUGUGGAGGAAAACAGACCCAUUGGAACCCUUUAUCUGCUGCCCACAGCCACAGACAGAGAUUUUGGCAGAAAUGGAAUAGAGAGAUAUGAGCUUAUCCAGGACAAUGGGGAGAACUCAAGGCGCUUGGGCUCUUCUGGGGAUUCAUUCUCGGGGAAGAGGAGAUUUGAGGAAGGCGCAAGCAGGAGCAGCGUCUUUGAACUGCAAGUUGCUGACACUACUGAUGGAGAGAAGCAGCCUCAACUCAUCAUUAAAGGGGCCCUUGAUAGGGAACAGAGAGACUCGUAUGAGCUCACACUGCGUGUUAGGGAUGGAGGAGAUCCCCCUCGCUCUUCCCAGGCCAUUCUUAGGGUGAUGAUCACUGAUGUGAAUGAUAACAGCCCUCGGUUUGAGAAGAGUGUGUAUGAAGCUGACUUACCAGAAAACAGCUCCCCUGGUGCCCCAAUAUUACAGCUCAAAGCGGCUGAUGCAGACGUGGGGGUUAAUGGUCAAAUAGAGUAUGUGUUUGGGGCAGCCACAGAGUCAGUAAGGAGGCUACUGAGGUUGGAUGAGAGCACAGGGUGGCUGAGUGUGUUGCACCGCAUUGACCGUGAAGAAGUGAGCCAACUGAGGUUCACAGUAAUGGCCCGUGACCGAGGUCAGCCACCAAAAAUGGACAAGGCCACUGUGGUGCUGAACAUCAAGGAUGAGAAUGACAAUGUUCCUGCUAUAGAGAUACGGAAAAUUGGACGCAUUUUCUUAAAAGAUGGGGUAGCCAACGUGGCUGAGGAUGUGGUUGUGGACACACCCAUUGCCUUAGUUCAGGUGUCAGACCGCGACCAGGGGGAAAAUGGCAUUGUGACCUGCACAGUGGUAGGGGAUGUGCCCUUUCAGCUUAAACCAGCCAGUGAGAUGGAGGGUGAGCAGAAUAAAAAGAAAUAUUUCCUCCACACGUCUGCACCGCUGGACUAUGAGGCCACACAGGAAUACAAUGUGGUCAUAGUGGCUGUGGACUCUGGAAGCCCCAGUCUGGCAAGUAAUAACUCUCUUAUCGUCAAAGUGGGCGACACUAAUGACAACCCUCCUGUCUUCAGCAGGAACGUAGUAGAGGUGUCGUUUCCAGAAAACAAUGCCCCUGGCGAGAGGGUGACAACAGUGGCAGCCAUCGACGCAGAUAGUGGGAAGAACGCUGAAAUAGCCUAUUCCCUGGACUCAUCAGUAAAUGGGAUUUUCUCUAUCGAUGCAGACAGUGGAGACAUCCGAGUAAACACCAUUCUGGAUAGAGAGCAAACAGAGCGCUACGAAUUCAAAGUGAUAGCCAAAGAUAAGGGCAUUAACACUCUACAGGGCUCUGCAACAGUAGUUGUCCUUGUGGCCGAUAAGAAUGACAACGAACCAAAGUUCAUGCAGGAUGUGUUCACCUUCUAUGUCAAAGAGAACCUUGAGCCAAACAGCCCAGUUGGCAUGGUUACAGUCAUUGACGCAGAUAAAGGCCAAAAUGCAGAGAUGAGUCUUUAUAUUGAGGAAGAGGAAGAGAUCUUUUCUAUUGAGAAUGACACUGGGACUAUUUUCUCCACCCUGUCCUUUGACCGAGAGCAGAAAACUACAUACACAUUCCGUGUCAAAGCUGUGGAUGGUGGUGACCCUCCCAGAUCGGCCACUGCCACAGUUUCACUCUUUGUCAUGGAUGAAAAUGACAAUGCACCAACUGUCACUUUCCCAAUAAACAGCUCUUACACCCUUCUUCCUCCCUCCAGUAACAUCAGAACAGUAGUCAGAACUGUCAUAGCCACUGAUACCGACACCGGCAUCAACGCGGACCUGAACUACAGCAUCAUUGGGGGAAACCCCUUCAAGCUGUUUGAGAUUGAUGGGGGCACUGGGGUCAUUUCACUGGUGGGGAAGUUGGAGCACAAGCACUAUGGCCUCCACAGACUAGUGGUCCAGGUGAACGACAGUGGCCAGCCUUCACAGAGCACCACCACACUAGUUCAUGUGUAUGUUAACGAGACUCUUUCCAAUUCCACAGUUGUGGAGGCCCAGGUGGCCAAGAGCCUGAGCACCUCUCUCAACACCAACAUUGCUGGUGACCCCAACUAUGAUCUAAGCAAACAGCGCUUAAGCAUUGUGAUUGGAGUAGUUUCGGGCAUCAUGACAGUCAUCCUCAUUAUUCUAGUUGUUGUCAUGGCCCGUUACUGCCGUCCCAAGAAUAAGAAUGGCUAUGAGGCCGGCAAGAAGGAUCACGAAGACUUCUUCACACCACAGCAACACGAUAAGUCCAAGAAGCCCAAGAAAGAUAAGAAGAAACAGAAGUCCAAACAGCCACUCUAUAGCAGUAUUGUCACUGUAGAGGCCUCCAAACCCAACGGACAGCGCUAUGAUGGUGUCAACGAGAAGCUGUCGGACAGUCCUGGCAUGGGCCGCUACCGUUCAGUCAACGGAGGGCCGGGGAGCCCAGAUCUGGCCCGACACUACAAGUCCAGUUCACCCCUCCCUACUGUUCAGCUUCACCCGCAGUCGCCAACAGCUGGUAAAAAGCACCAGGCAGUUCAGGACCUGCCCCCUGCAAAUACCUUUGUUGGCACCGGAGAUAACAUUUCCCUUGGAUCUGACCACUGCUCUGAGUACAGCAGUCAAACUAUCAACAAGUACAACAAACAGCCGUUUCGCCGAGUGACCUUCUCGGUGGUGAGCCAGCCCCAGGACCCUCACCAGCAAGGAUCGCUGCAGAGCUGCUACGACAGCGGCCUGGACGAGUCGGAGACACCCAGCAGCAAGAGUUCGUCGGGCCCCCGGCUGGGCGCCCUUCCCCUGCCCGAGGACAGCUACGAGAGGACAACGCCGGAUGGCAGUGUCGGUGAGGCAGAGCACAUGGAAAAUGACGCCCGGCCCUUGCCUGACGUAGCCAUGACUGGCAAGUGCACCCGGGAAUGCGACGAGUACGGCCACUCGGACUCCUGCUGGAUGCCUGUGCGCACGUCGCCUGAGCGACGGCCAUCUAAGUCAACCACCACCCCCCAACAACCAAAGCUUUCCACUUUCAUGAGCGGCAACGGCAGCGGCAACAGCAGCGCAGAGCAGCCUGGCAGCCAAGAGACCCUCGCCAUGGCAGCCAUGGCCAACGGAGACCCCACCGCCGUUCACAUGAUGGGCGACCGCAAUCGCAACCUGCUCAACAAGAAGAUGGCUUCCUCCUCCUCCUCCUACGAGGCCUUCGGCUCGCCUUCCUACAGCUCGCCAGGAAGUGGGGAGGAGGCACUGGGCCACCCCACUGAGGAGAUCCCUCUGGCACCUACUGGGGAGUACAAGCCCACGUCCUGUGGUACUCUGACGCGACGGGAGGUGUACCUGUGAGCUGGGAGGGUUAGAUACCUGCUGUGCCACAACAUAUGGCAUUAACAUACAACACUAAGCAUAGUUGCUUAUCCAACACCAUUACAGCUCUAGAAGCUAUUAGCCACCCUUGUUCCACGCAAGGUAGGACUAAAUUUACUCCAAAGACUUUUACGACAGCUCCUUAAUGAAAAAUCUAAGGGGAUAUAUAAACAUAGUACCAUUUUUAAAGUGCUAAUUCCGGCCAUGACCUGGAAGAAAGGAGGAGGAGGAAGAACUGUUGAGGGAAUUGAUGGGACUUUGGAUGAGGCUGUUCUACUGGCGAGUCGGGGUCUUAGGACAUGAUCUGCUGCCUGACAGUCAAUCUGUACAAUAAUCAAAUCAUUUUACAUAUACAGUACAUGCAUGCAUUACCCCCUGUCCCCCAUGAAGGUCCCAUUCCCUGAAGACGACACUGUACAAAAAGAGACCAAUUCUUUUUCUGUUUAUGUUUUUUCUAGAAACAAAGCUGUACAUGUGGACUAUUAUGACAUAACAGUGUGUCUGGUUAUGCCUUUUUUUAAUUUCAGAACAGUGCAACACUGUGGCCAUGAUGUUCAGUGGCUGCAACAAUAUAUUGGACAUUAUGGUCUCUAUCAUACUGAGCUGUCAUCUUGACUGUUUGUGAUAGAAGUUGCUCAAUAGCAGACCAAAACUUGACCGUAUUCAGAUCUUAUAAGGACGGGAAAGACUAAGCUUUAAAUACUCAGCCCAGAAAACAAUACUUGUCUGAGUCCUCUCCUGAAAUCGAAAUUCUUGGACAGAAAAAGGAGGGGAUGGAUUUUGUUGGAACAACACCUUGCUUCAGACUACACCACCACUGGUAUACUAUGAUGACCAUAUGAUGACUGAUCCUGACCUACCAGUGUGUCGGCUCUUUACAGGUGGAAAGGUCACUCAUUGUACAUAAACACUGGACCACAGCAACAACGCUAACUGCUCUCAUUCCCUUUUGUCUUGCUACCUUUCCUCAGUCUCUCGUUCUUUGUCUUUGAUUGGUGAGACCAAACCCUCUUAUGAGAUGCAAAAUCUUAGAGCCAUGACCUAUCACCGCAUCGGCUGGAAAAGCAUGUGUGUACAUGGUUGUGCAUAUCCAGAUCGCCUCAGUGUGAUGCUACUGUUGUAGUACUGUUGUAAUACAUGCCCUGUUUUUCUCAAUCACACAUGCAGACACACACAUACACAGAAGCAGAAAAGCAGAUUCAUUUAACUGAGGCCAAUGGCGCUGCUGUACUGACUGAAAAUCCUGGGUAAGCACAGUGGGUGGCAUGCCGAGAUAAAAAUUAUGGAGGUGCAAUUAAAUUGUAUGUGUGUAUGGGCCAGAUAUGCAGUAUAUAGUGUGUGUGUUUUGGCUAUAUUUAGUGUAUUCUCUAGAUGUACACCAAUAAUAGGCUUAGGAGGGCAUAAACAUGGCCACGCUGGUCCUUAAACAGUUGCAAGGACAGCUGUUCCUGUUAUUCCUUUUUUUGUUGUGUGAUAGACUGAGCAAUAAAUAUCAUAAUGUAUACAUACCAACAAGCAUCAACUUCUUUUUCACUUCUUCUCAAACCUUCAAGGUGACGUUAACCCACACAUGGUCCUUUUUAGCACUAGUCAAUGUUGCUUUCCACAGUACAUCGCAAUGGCAUCUUUGAGCACGAAUGUAAGAAUCAGCUCAAUGGAGAUCAAUCAAAAAGCAACGUCUGUAUGAGCACAGAUACCAGGAUGUUUUUGGAUUACACUGAGAAAAAUGGUGUCAAAGUGAAACCAAAGCUUCACAAACAGGAUGAAGCAUUCCCCCCAUUACACACAAAAAUAGCUUUCUGGGAGAAGUUUGCUUUAAGUACACAUUACAUGAAGAAUUUUUUUUAAAUGAAGGAUUGAGACCGAACGAUAAGAAUGUGAUGUCUCAACAAAAGAUCCAUUAAUGACCAUCCUCCGAGCUGACACUUAAUGACCACUUACACACAGACACAUGACAAUGUUGAGAUGUUGUGCCUCCCUGUCAACAGUGAUGUUUCUUUUUCGCAGCUACAGAGGCGCAAAAUCUUAUGACUGUAAUAAAGCAAAAGAAUAUCAGAUGCAAUGGAACAUUUUGUAUGUUAGCAAAACCCCUUUGGUUUGACCGGAGCUGCUUUUUCCGCAUUCCGGCAAUCUAUAGUCUGUAAGUACUACUCGUUGUUUGAAGGAAAGUGCUCCAAUACUUAUCAACUGUAUACAUAAAUAUUUACUUUUUACUGCACGUUUAAUGGGAACUUACUUCACUUACUGAGAAGGACGAAGAAAAAAAACUGUAAAACAAAAUGUACAAAAAAAGUUUUCCCUGUAAACAUGGAAAUCCACUUUGUUGCUUGCUUUUGUUAUACCUAAAGAAACACGUAGUACAACUUAGUACAUGAGUUAAGAUUUUUUAAUUUUUCAUACUUAAUCAAAUGUUAUCAUUGUCUCUUAUAUCACCACACAAACCCAAAUCUUUCAUAUUUCAUUUACAUCAACUUUAUACCAUGAGAUUUGCAAUUUUUUAUCUUCAUCUUGUAUUUUACUUUGUAAUCCCACACACUGAUUUGUUACAGUCAAAACCGUGGAAAUGAAAAUGACAAUGUACUAUGUGUUUACUUUUUUUCUUUAUCUGGUGCCACUUUGUAUAUUUAGAGUGCUUCUGAAAAAAGAAAAAAAAACAACCAUAAAAAAUACUAGAGUGAAUGCAAAUAUGCAAUUGUGCCUUUUUAUACCAAUUGGUAUGAUUAAAUGUUGGUUUGGAAUGGUGCAUAAACAAUAUAGCUGACAUGCUUACAAAAGUAGAUGGGGUGGCAUUUAAGAAUUGACUGAAAUACAUUUGCAUAUCUUAGAUGAAAUCCCAUGAUGUCAAAGGCUUCUUGGAGGACAACCAGUCAAAUGUCAGUGAGCCUGUAAGUCUAAUAUUCAAAUGGCUAUUGUACACUGGGUUCAAUUAUCUUGUUGAAAUAUCCAUUCCUAGCAUAGUGCAUUACCGAAUGAGUACAGGUACAUUCAAAAGUUGCUUGUUGGUAGUAAUAAUAAUGAUAUAAUGGAUUUUUUUGUCGUGUUCCACUCAUGUACAUGUAUGACAUCAGAGGUUAAGUAACCUUCUUUGUGCAUGAAACAAGCUCUAGGAUUGAUAUAGAAUCAUAGAAAGAUAGAGGGAGGAAAAAAGAAAAAAAAAUGCUUGGAGACAUUUGACUGCUGAGAGUUGAUUGAGCCUAGAGAUGAAAAUGCUAAUGUGACAGUUUACUAGGAGGA